AUGUGUAGUUUAGAAUUGAAAUGUGUGAUUUUAUCAGUGAUAUUAGGUUUAGUAAAUGCAGGCUAUAUACCACCAGGACCAAGAUACACAUGUCCAAAUAGAACCCAGCUAAUUUCGCCUUGUGUCUGUUUGGCGGGUGGUGACGAUGGACUAAAAAUUCUUUGCGAAAACUCCAACAUAGCUUCCAUGGGCGUGGGUCUCAAUAAUUUGGCAACCUUUGCAAUGCCCAUUGAAGAACUUAGAUUAAACAAAUGCCAUUUUGAACGCAUGUAUGGAAGUCUUUUGUACAAAUUAAAAUUAAGGAUCUUGCGAAUUGAAGACACGCCGAUUCAAACUAUUGAUCAAUAUAGUUUUCUUGGAGUCAAUGAUACUUUGCAAGAAUUGUAUUUGACGAAUACUAGUAUUCAUACGUUUCCCAAAGAAGCAUUUCAGAUUUUAGGUAACUUAACAGUGCUAAAUAUAAGACAACAUAAUUUUACCAAGUUAGAAAAAGAUAUUUUCUACGAAAGCAGAAUCAACAUCAGACUUGAAAAACUCCAUAUCACAAAUGGACCACUUUCUGACUUUCCAAUUGAAACAUUUCAGCCCCUAAGGAAGCUAAAGACGUUGGACUUGAAUACAAAUGCAUUAACAGGACUCAAAAGGAACCAGUUCAAAGGACUCCGGGACGUGGAAGUCCUCGAUUUGAGUCACAACAGUCUGCCCAAGUUGGAGGCGACCGCCAUCUCUGAUCUUACCAAAUUGAGCUGGUGCAAUUUGUCACACAAUGCGAUGACUGAUUUACCGAGGGGUACAUUUGCCAGAAAUGCUGUACUUCGAGUUUUGAAUUUAUCACAUAACAAAUUGAAAAAAUUGGACACAAACAGUUUCCGUGGUAUGAGAUUUUUGAGGCGUUUAUAUUUAAAUGAUAAUCAAAUAGCAGAUGUCGGUCGUGGUACUUUUGGAUCGAUCGCCAAAAUUGGAACAAUCGAUUUGGCACGAAAUAAAAUUACUAAAAUUGAUUAUCAAAUGUUUUUCCAACUCAACUUCAUCGAGAUUAUAGAUGUAUCAGAAAAUGCAGUGACAGAAAUUCAAAAAUUAUCUUUCAAAGAUAUUUAUUUGGCAAAUAUAAAUUUAUCGCACAAUGCAAUAUCCAAUAUAGAAGACGGCGCUUUUGAGAAUUGCGCAAAUAUAACAAUAUUGGAUUUGUCAUACAAUAAUAUCACUGCCAUUCCAAGGAAUACUUUUGAUCCAACGACAUAUGCAACUGAACUACAACUAUCAUAUAAUUUUUUGACUAAUAUGUCUCAGAUUCCCCUGCACAAUAUGACUGGUUUAAAAAUCCUAAACGCCUCACACAAUCUUAUAGAAAUUAUUCCACGAAAUACGUUUCCCAAACUAUACGAGUUGCACACAAUAGACCUUUCAUACAACAAAGUGUCAUCGAUCGCAAAUGCAGUUUUACAAACACUGUUUUCCCUUAGAAACUUAUACCUCAGUCACAAUUCCUUGGAAAUAAUUAAACCUCCGACUUUUGGAACAUUACCAACAUUAUUAGAUAUGGAUUUGUCUUACAAUAAUAUGAAGGAAAUAGCAAAAGGAGCAUUCACAAAAUUGACAAGUCUCAGAACAUUAAAUGUAGAAGGAAAUUUACUAAGUAAAAUGUUUACUGUGCCGAUCUCUUUGGGUCAUCUGAAGAUUGCAAAUAAUUUGUUAGAAGAAUUGCCUGAGAAGACCUGGCCUAGCAUGAAUUCUAUACUGUCUUUGGACUUCAGUGGAAAUAAAUUUGAAAACCGAUUAGUACAUGGAAGUUUUUCGAAUCUUUUAACUUUACAAAGACUGAAUUUAUCGGAAAAUGGAAUAUCGCAAGUGCCUUGGGAGAGCUUAAGUGAAUUGACCGCUUUGCAGUAUUUGUAUUUACAGAACAAUAAUUUGACUCGGCUUCCCAAAGCCGCGUUUGGAAGAUUGCCAGUAGUUUUCGAGUUGGAUUUAUCACACAAUAAUAUCGGAAAUAUUAGCAUUCAUGCAUUUGACGGUCUGCUCCAACUUUUAAAACUAGACAUGUCUCAUAACAAAAUCCGUCAAAUUCCAACGGGAGCAUUUAGAGGAUUGGUAUCUUUGAGAACUCUUCACUUAUCUCACAACAAAAUAGAAAAAUUGGAUAAUAAAACAAAUAGUUUAUUCGAAGAUUGUUUGUCUUUAGAAAACCUGGAUUUGAGUCAUAACAAAAUUAGUUUUGUUACAAGGAAAAGUUUUCCGAGCAACCCGUAUAUUCCGUACAGAUUGAAAAAUUUAGAUUUAAGUUACAAUUCUUUACCAAUUCUUACGUACGAUUUGACUUUUGGAACAAAGAAAUUGGAGAAACUUAAUGUUUCUCAUAAUAUGAUCAGCGACCUGUAUAGAGGAGUAUUAGGCAACUUGACUUCACUACAAACGUUAGAUAUGUCCUUCAACAUGCUAGAAGAUUUAAUUUCUGAACCCAAUGCCUUUAAUCUACCAAAAAACAUAACCAACUUGAUUAUGAACGACAAUAAAAUUAUGUUUUUGCCAAUAAACAAACUAAUAAAUGCAACUCAAUUGAAAAGUUUGGAUUUGAGAAAUAAUGUGAUCAACCAGUUUCCUUAUGAAUUUGUGCAGCAGAUUGAUCAAGGGUUAGAAGUCAAAUUUGAAG